ACCACUCUUUUUGGGAAACAGGAAAACCACUGCGGUCACCAUAAACCCAGGUAAUUAAAUCCGUCCCACUGGGAUUUAAAUACCCAUCUAAUUUCUCCUCUUCCUCUCGUACAGUCCCCCUUUUCAUCAAAAGGUAGUAACAAUGAAGAUGAGCUGCAAUGGCUGUCGGAUCCUCCGCAAGGGAUGCAGUGACAAUUGCAUCAUAAGACCCUGUCUUCUCUGGAUCAAAUCUCCUGAGUCCCAAGCCAAUGCCACCCUGUUUCUCGCCAAGUUCUACGGCCGCGCUGGCCUUACCAACCUGAUUGAAGCCGGCGCUCCACAUCUCCGCCCUGCUAUAUUUAGGUCACUGUUGUACGAGGCUUGUGGGCGAGUCGUGAACCCAGUUCUGGGCUCGGCAGGGCUGCUUUUUUCUGGAAACUGGAACCACUGCGAAGCAGCCGUUGACGCUGUCCUUAGGGGUUUACCCAUAACACCCAUAAUGCAGACGCCUGUUUCCAAUUCCAGCGCCCCUGUGACUCCUCAAAAAUCGUACGACAUUCGCCACGUGUCCAAGGAUUCCGUCUCAGCUGAGAUCUCCAAGGUGAAGACCAGUACCCCUUUCAAGCGAUCCAUUCCAAACCCCAAAAGUCUUGUUCCCUCAACUAGUAGAAUUCAUGCAGGCUCGGACAACAAAGAGGAUGGGAGUCUUUUGUCUGCUAUAUCCAUGGAUGAUCCCCUUCUCAACCAGAAGAAACCGCAACCCGGUGGUGUGAAUUUUGAUAGCCAGGCGGAAGCCGGCAAGGCUGUCUUAGAUCUAACUCUUGCUUUAGCCCUACCCUCGCGCAGUGUUAAUUAGUGAUGAACGAAUUUGGCGGCUAUACAAAAUACCUGAAAUAAUGUUCAAGUUUCAACUUGAAAAAGUUAUUUUUUUUUUUCUGUUAAAUUAGUGAUUAAAUGUAAUAGUACAUUGGGUAGGAUUAAGGUGUUUAACUUUACAAGUAGUAUGGACUAUGGAGUAUACAAUAUGCUAUAUUUUAGAUUUCACCUAUAAAUAUAGCGUUGUGUU